ACACCCUUCUCUCCUCUCGGCCAUGGCGGACGGAGACUCACCAGUGGUAUUCAAGCGCAGCAAGGCGCGCCCUGGACAGCGCACAAGGGAAAAGUCGCCAGAUGCCGCCGCAGCUGCCAAUGCUUCCCUCAACGAAGCGGAAGACUCGCCGAUUACGCUCGCCUCGAAGCUCAGGAACAAGACCAAACGGGCGAAGCCAAAGGCCAAGCUUAGCUUUGGUGGUGACAAUGAGGGGGAGGAUAAGGAGGUUUUCCAGGUAAAAAAGUCCAGCCUUGGUCAGAAGCUCACCCUUGGCAAGAAUGCGUCAAACGCGCUCCCGAUGAGCUUGGACCAGGCCACUAUCACUUCGCGUUCAAACGGUCCUGUAUAUGACGCCACCUACUUGGCUGAACUCAAAGCCAGCACACAAAGUAAUCGACCUCCCCCUGUCGACUCCAAUGACACAGAUAUAUCUAUGAAUAUCGUCGAGAAUCCACCGGAAGAUGCGCCGGUCUCUUUGCUUGAUGAAUCUACAGUCAUACCUUCGGAGUCAUCGAUCAAUGUUGCCAAACAACGAAGGGAAAGGUUAAGAAAAUCGGCCGUGACGCAAGAGGAAGAUUUCAUUUCUUUAUCAGUUACCCGCAGGGAUGAUCUCGCGUCAGGCCCUCAUCCAGAGAGCCGCUUGGUUCGUGAGGAGGAUGAGCUUGGGGAAGGCGAUGAUGAGUACGCGGAGUAUACCUCGGCACAGGAACGGAUCGCGUUGGGGAAAAAGAGUCGAAAAGCCGAAGCCUCCAAACGACGAGAUGAAAUUAAUGAGAUGAUAGUUGACGCCGAAGAAGAAGACGAAGAAACUGCUGAAUGGGAGCAGGCCCAGUUACGCCGCACAGGUCAGCAUGCUGCUGAAGACUCUGGUCCGACGAAGCAGGUGUACAGAGCUGCCCCAAUCCCACCUUCAACCAACCUUCCGAGCCUUGGGCCAGCUAUCGAUCGAUUGGCGCAGUCUCUGGCGGCACUCACGACCUCGCAUGUUACAAAUACGACUUCGAUGAACACGCUUGUCGAAGAACGAGAUCAACUUGAUACCCGCGAGAGCGAGCUCAGGAAGUUAGUAGAAUCCGCUGAAGCUAAAAGAAGCUGGUUUGUCGCAUUCCGGGAGUGGAUAGAGAAUGUGGCUGCCUUCCUCGACGAUAAAUAUCCUAAAGUCGAGAGUUUGGAGGAUGAGCAUGUCGCCGUGCUGAAAGAAAGAUUCGGCAUGGUUUCUCAACGGAGAAAGGCAGAUGAUGAAGACGAUCUUUCUUUGGUCUUCGGUUCGCUGCCCACAACACAGGCCACCGAUAGCGAAGAGCUGGACGAACUAGGUCGCAUCAAACCACAAGCCAACCCUGCAGCAUUGAGGCGCGAAAGGCGUACAGCUCGAGUAAACCGCCGUUCGGCUCGCAAAGCCACGAAAUCUCAGGGCAUCGACGCAGACGAAGAAGGGUAUUCUACAGACGACUCCUUGCCUCCAUCUGAUGCUCUCGAUUAUCGGUCUGCGAUGCAGCGUAUCUCGAACGACGCCAAGAGCAUCCUGUCGGACGUCCGGGCGUCCGACUUCAAGGACCCUAGGAAGGGCUUGGCCAAGUGGUUCGGUGAAUGGAGAGGCCUGUAUGGUGACAGCUACACGGGCGCUUGGGGUGGCCUUGGUCUGGUCAGUGCCUGGGAGUUCUGGGUGAGGCUCGAGAUGCUCGGAUGGGACCCUCUUGAGGAAAGCCAGAGUCUCGAUGACUUCGGGUGGUAUUCUGCUCUGCACGAGUUCUCACAAGACUCGAACGAGGGCGAGGGUGCUCCAGAGGGCGACCUCGUGUCCGCCAUGAUUUCAACGGCCGUUACACCGAGACUUUGCAAGUUGAUUGAAGGGGGAGCAUUUGAUCCUUACUCCAAUGCCGCCGUUCGCAAGGUUGUCGAUCUGACAGAGCAGAUUGAGGCUUCCAUCGGGAGUGACCAUUACAAGUACCUGGCACUACUCAAAUCUGUCGUCAGUGUGUUUGAGCAAGCCGUUACUGAUGCGGAAUCCCUGGCCGGCCCGUACGUUGCACUCAAUCGCCCUGUGUUCGACCCAGACGCUAUUGGGGCACGACAACGUCUUCUCUUGCGGUCGAUCAAGCUCACUGGAAACAUGAUGCGCUGGAGGAAAUACACUGGAGAGAAGUACGGUAUCGGGGAGCUCUGCACACGUCUCUCGACCAGGUGCUUUGUUCGCGUUGCAGUGAGUGGGUGGGAAGUUGGGGGAGAGGAAAAGGCUAGACAGCUGUUGUCGAUGUUGCCUCGUGAUCUAAAUUCUACUGUUGAGAGGCAUAUGCCCUCUAGAACGUAGUAUUCUCUUAUCGAAAUGAUUUUCAAAGAAAAGAGCAGUUACCCUUCAUCCCAUACCCCAGCUCGGGGAAUUUGUCACCGAGAUGUGUGCUGUUGGCUCAUAUCCAUCAAUAGGUGUCAAUGCAGAUAGGCCUUGUGUCUGUCAGCUCACGUUGGCACCUUGCAACUCUCGGAAGAAUGAUCAUGAAGCUCUUAUGACCGGUGGACGUCGUUGCGCAUCGCGCACAUAUCUCCUGUCCAUCUGGCUCGUUCGGCUGUCAUACAUCACCAGUGCGACGUAACUACCAUGUAGCACUUAGGUUCAGAUCGCCCUUCAGUAACAGUCAGACCGAAGGGGACGGCUUUGAAACGAAACACUGCUCAUAAU